AGUCCACUGCGAGCUGACCAGCAACAACUGCACUGCCGCCACAGGGACGGAAUUGUGUGGUCCUCACAUGGAGUGCAUACCUUCCACAAGAGGCCGCUUUCCCUACUACUGCAUCUGCGACAAGAUUGCGGAGGACACGUUAACAUCUCUUACAGUGGCGCCUUGGAGACGAUCAGAUCACUGGAUGCAGAUAAUGACGAGAGGCUGUAAGGGAUGCAGGAGACGAGAGUGAUGGUAUCCCGGGCCCUGGUGAUAGUGUCCUGCACUCUGGUGAUAGUGACUCAGCCUACAGCUGCGUUUCUCAGUGAUAGGCCGAGGGUCCAUUGCGAGUCUGGACACUUGCGGUUGGACGCAGGUGCGGGCAAAAACAUCUCCCUCCGCACCCAGGGAUCCGGUGCUGUCGUCAUCAAUGGCGUCGACGUGGCCGGCUCCUUGACGUUGGUGGCAGCAGUCCGCCCGCAGCUGGAAGGCCUACACAACACCGAUUUGGGUUUCUUGGUCCGAAACCUGUCUCAGGUGGCACGCACCGUCGCCUCCUUCAACUGGGUCUCCACGAGCAUCGCCUUCCUCAACGACACCGUCGCUUCCAGUACGCGUACCACAACGGCUCUGCGUGGCGAGGUGACCAGCAUCCGAACGACCUUGCGAGAUCGACUGGAUCCUCUAGUCGCCAACGUCUCCCGUCUAAGCCAGCAGGUAGCCCUCGUGACUCCCGACGGCGGACAGCACCUGCAGAAUAUCAACGACGUCCUCACGCGCCUCCAGCAGGAGGCAACGCAGAGGCAGCAAGCGAUACGUAAUCUGGAAGAGCGGACCGUUCCCCGGAUCCAGGAGAGCGUUGCGCAUCUCCAGGGAGCGGUAGCCAGCCUUCCAGAGGUCCAGAACAGGCUACAGGCUCUGGAAUCUCAAGUCAACACCAAUGACAGUACCACGGAUGAUUCCAACACCUCUCGGAGUGUUAGGCGAGACAUUAGGAAGCUUAAACGUGACGUGAACCAGCUCAAGAGUCGCCUGCUCCUGGACGAGUGCGAGAGUGGGCCGUGUCGCAAUGGAGGCACCUGCAUUGACGGCUUCCAGAAAUUCCACUGUCUCUGCCCCAGUGGUUGGAAAGGGGGUAACUGCGACGAAGACGUUAACGAGUGUUACGAGUUGCAAGGCACAGAAUCUGGUUGCCAGAACGGUGCCAGUUGUCGAAACAUCCCCGGAGACUUCCGAUGCGUAUGUCGACCUGGCUUCUACGGAAUCCACUGCGAACUGACCAGCAACAACUGCACUGCCGCCACUGGGACGGAGUUGUGUGGUGCUCACGGGAUCUGCAUCCCUUCCGCAAGAGGCCGGUUCCCCUACUCCUGCAUCUGCGACGAGGGCUGGAAGUCAGGAAACGACACCCCAGCGUGCGUCGACGUAGACGAGUGUAGGUCUACCAGCAGGCCGCACUGUUCCACGAAUCCUCUAGUUCAGUGUGUCAACUAUCCCGGGGGGUUCACCUGCGGCCCUUGUCCUCAAGGUUAUAGUGGCGAUGGAUUUGUGUGUAGCGACGUGAAUGAGUGUGACAUUAACAACGGCGGGUGUUCCCCCUACAGCAUCUGCUACAACACAGUGGGUGGCCGUCGUUGUGGGCCGUGUGCUGCAGGCUACACCGGCGACGGAGUUACCUGCUACCAGGCCCCUUCACCCUGCCAAAGGUCGCCCUGUCACUACCUCGCUCGCUGCUUUGACGAUCCCAGAAUAUCGCCGACCUACGUCCAGUGUAUAUGCCCAAGUGGGUAUCAAGGACAAGGCUUCGGGUUCCACGGAUGUACUCUGAUAUCGUCGCCUUCGGGAGGCAGCGAGGUGCAGCCCGUCACCAACUGGUGUGCUGUUUCACAAUGCAUGAACGGAGGCACCUGCGUUCAGUCCCCGUCCACCUACACCUGCAUCUGUACACCUGGGUAUACAGGACGUAACUGCGAAGUAGACUUCGACGAGUGUUCGAGCAGCCCCUGCCUCCACGGGGGCACCUGCACGCAAGGGAUCAACAGCUACACCUGUAGCUGCCCCUCGAGCCACACAGGCGACAGGUGUCAGACGGAGAACGAGAGAUGUGGCGGGCUUAUUUCCGGUACUGGCGGCGUGAUUGCGUACCCAGGGGCACAAGGCGUCUUCUACAACCACAACAUCAGCUGUGCUUGGCGGUUAAUCGUCCCUCGGGGCAAGGUUAUCAACAUAACCUUCAACAACUUCCAUCUGGAGGGAGGCAGAGGCGGUUGUAGGUUUGACUGGCUGCAGAUCCACGAUGGGAGGGACAGCCAAGAACGGAUGAUCGGACGGUUCUGUGGCACCCGUCUCCCAGGCACUAAUGGCACUAUCGUCAGCACACACAACUACCUUUACCUGUGGUUUAGGAGCGAUCACUCCCGGGCCGGCUAUGGCUUCAACUUCACCUGGAACGCUACGGACCCAGUAUGCGGGGCGGACAUCCGGGGGCAGGAGCAUGGAUCCAUCAAUUCUCCAGGCUACCCUGGGCGGUACCCUACCAACCGCGAUUGCUAUUGGACCAUACAAGUUCGACCCGGCAAUAGAAUAGAGUUCCAUUUCGCUACAUUACAGAUUGAACAACACAGCAACUGUAGCUAUGACUUCCUGGAGGUGCGCGACGGCCUGACUGAGUCUGACCAUAGCCUGGGCAAGUACUGCUACACCCAGACGCCGGCGCCGCUCACUACAUCGGGUGCCGAGGCCUUUAUCCACUUCCACUCCGACCCCUCCCUCACUGACACCGGCUUCCAUAUCACCUUCAACUCUGAACCCGGCUCGCCCGGAUGCGGAGGCCUCCUGACCAACGAUAUGGGAGAGUUCUCAGCCCCAACGAUCUCAGACGCCUACGAGCAUAAUCUCCAUUGUGAGUGGGUCAUAAGGGUGCCUCCUGGGGAGACCAUUCGGCUCAACUUCAGCGACUUCCAUCUGGAGAACCAUCGCGCUUGUCGAUGGGACUACUUGGCGAUUCGAGACGGAGGUAGUGAAGACAGCCCAGAGAUUAGCAGGUCUUGUGGAGUGAACAUUCCGCUGCCUGUUCUCUCCACAGGCAACCAGCUCCACGUCACAUUCCACUCCGACCAUUCCAUCAGCGGACGAGGCUUCACCGCUUCCUACCAAGUGGCCUGUGGCGGUGAGUAUGGGGGCACGACAGGCUUGAUCAGGUCACCAUACCAUCCCCGAGCCUAUCCACACAAUCGAGAGUGCAUCUACGUCAUCAAUACCCCGCCUCGCACAGCCAUCGUUCUCAACUUCACAGAGUUCGACAUCGAAGGCCCGUCUUUCUUCAGCGGAUGUGUGUAUGACUACGUGGAGAUUCGUGACGGGAGCCGUGCAUCCUCCCCUCUUCUAGGACGAUACUGCGGACCUGCCUCGCACGCUCCAGAGCCCGUACGUUCUCAACUUAAUCACAUGUGGCUCAAGUUCCGCACAGACGCCAGCGUCACCAACAUGGGCUUCGUCGCCAAUUUCACCACCAUUGAUAUCAGAUGUGGAGAGGUGAUGCGGGCGCUCUCAGGGGUCAUCAACUCUCCCAACAGCCCAGAGAGGUAUCCGGGCAGCACAGACUGCUACUGGGUGCUGGACCUGCCUGAAGGCUACGUCAUACAGCUCACCUGGAGCUCCUUCAGCUUGAGUGGGUCCCGCUCCUGUAAUAACGACUACGUAGAGGUCUUUGAUAACUCCUCCAUCCCCGGCAUGGGCGGCCGGAUGGGCCCGCGUUACUGUGGGCAGCAGACGCCGCCCCUCAAGACCUCGUCUUCAAACCUGGUUACCAUCCACUUCCACUCUGACUAUGACGUCAACAACGACGGCUUCUCGCUUAUCUAUCAUGGUCUAAACGCCUCCAGAAUGUGUGGAGGCCACUACCACACUAACGCAGGGAUGAUCACCUCUCCAAAUUACCCCUUCAACUACCCCAAUAGCCGGAAUUGCGAAUGGACAAUCACCGCGGCCAUCAGGACCCAAAUCCGACUCACCUUUGAAGAAGUGGAGAUUGAAGGGGCUGAGAAUUGCCGCUAUGAUGCCCUUGAGAUACGGAACGGCAGAUACUCGACUUCACCGUUAAUAAGGAAGAUCUGCAGCAGGAAUCAGACGGUGCCAGAGGUGAUCUCCCAUAGCCACCAGCUCUACCUCAAGUUCACCAGCGAUUACAGUCGUACAUUCAAAGGCUUCAAGCUUUUCUGGGACACUGCUUCUACAGGAUGUGGUGGGACCCUGACUGCGGUAUCUGGAGAGAUCAUCUCCCCUGGCUAUCCUGAACCAUACCAUCACAAUGCUGACUGCUACUGGACUAUCCGGGUCGCCCAGGGCUCGGCUGUCAAACUCCACUUCGCAGACUUGGACAUUGAACAGACGCCGAACUGUUAUUUUGAUUUUGUUGAGGUGCGUGACGGCAGCACCCCCCAGUCUCCCCUGUUGGGUCGCUACUGCUCUGGCAACCAAGUCUUCGUCAGCAUCAACUCCUCCUCCAAUGCCCUUUGGAUCAGAUUCCGCUCUGACUACAGUGAAAGCGGGAGAGGCUUCAAGGCCCAGUACAUGACGGAAUGCAACAGGGUCUUGCGUGGCCACCGGGGCGUGAUCACCACCCCUGGCUAUCCAGACCCCUACCCACACAACCGCAAUUGUACGUGGACCAUCCAGGCCCCAGCAGGCAACUCCAUCAACGCCUCCUUCAGCGAGUUCGUGCUAGAGGAUCACAUGGACCCUGAGAGUGGUCAAUGUUUCUACGACUUCGUGGAAAUCUAUGAAGGUCAGCAGAGAACAGGAGUGAGGUCACAAAUCGGUCACUACUGCCAGAACGUACCACCGCCCGUGGCCACUGCCAGCCAAAUGAACGUCCUGGAAAUUAACUUUGUCAGCGAUUACAGCGUUGCGAACAACGGCUUCAGGCUGGAAUGGAUAGUCAACGGUUGCGGCGGUGAAAUGACAAGACCUUCGGGUAGUUUUACGAGUCCAAACUAUCCGAACGCGUAUCCCAUCAAUACGGACUGCGAGUGGUUCAUCCGAACAGCUCCAGGCACCAAGAUUCAGAUAACCAUCCACGAGUUCGAUCUGGAAAGCUCGGGCACCUGCUACUUCGAUGUGUUGCAGGUGUACGGAGGCAAGGACACCACCUCGCCCGUGUUGACAACUGUCUGUCAUGAGCAGUCAAGGCCCACCACCGUCACUACCCAGGGCAACACCGCCCUCUUGACCUUCCACAGCGACCAGUCCGUCAGAGGCAAGGGCUUCCGCGCCUCCUAUGUCACCCUUCUUGAUGGGUGUGGAGGGCUGUUCACAGCAGUACAAGGCAGUAUUCACUCUCCCAAGUAUCCGGAGCUGUACGACGUGCACUCGGACUGCGAGUGGACCAUCCGGGUCGACCCGCUUCACGUAGUCGAGCUCAACUUCACGGACUUCGACAUAGAGCCCAGCGCUAACUGCACUUUUGAUUACUUAACGGUGUAUGAUGGAGAAGGCGAGGAGGCGCCCCAGUUGAUGCAACAUUGCGGGAGCACCCUGCCCAACCCCACUCUGGUGCGGUCCUCGACGAACGUUAUGACUAUCAGGUUCAAAGCCGAUGGGUCUUCCAGCGGGAGGGGAUUCAAGGCUGACUACUUCGCGGGCUGCGGUGCAUCGGUGGAAGUGGGCGUGGAGGAACUUGGAGAGCUGGUGUCGCCUCACUACCCAAGCUUGUACACCUUUGCCCUCAACUGUUCCUGGCAUCUGCACGCUCCUGCAGGUUACCGCUUGAUGCUCCAUGUAGUGCAUCUGGACAUGCAUACCCGCGCUCCCUCUAAUGACAACUGCACCUUCCAGUAUUUGGCGAUACUCGACGGAGGUCAACUAGACUCGCCGGAAAGAGGCCGAUACUGUGGGAACAGAGCUCCGAGGUCCAUAGUGUCCUCCUCAGAGUACAUGACCGUGACGCUAAUCAAUGAAUACGCCUACGUCAGCUUCAGGGCUGUAUACAGUGUACUGACCUCGAGAUGUGGGGGAGACCUUACCUCCAUGAGUGGGGAGGUGGCCAGCCCCAACUAUCCUGAGCCCUAUCCAGAUAACACAGACUGUGAAUGGUCCAUCUCUGCUGGAUCAGGAAACCGGGUGGAGCUCAACUUCAUUGAGUUUGACAUUGAAGAAUCCGCCGGCUGCAACUUGGACUACGUCGAGGUGCACGAGAGAACUGCAGCCGGCCCCCUGCUACUCCACAACUGUUCCUCGUCCAACUCCCAGAUCCCAGCCGCGGUCAUCGCCAGGGACGCCCUAUGGAUCAAAUUCCAUUCUGAUGAGUCUGGGGUCGGAGCGCGAGGCUUCUUAGCGGAUUACAGUCUUUUGCAUGGGAGUAACCUCUAUGGGACGAGCGGGGAAGUGGUGUCUCCACUCUACCCACACACCUACAUGGGCCGCGAUGACAUCACUUGGACCAUCACAGUUCCACGAUACAAAUUCGUCUCCAUCACCCUCCUUGACAUGGCAAUAGAGGGCAGCCCUGUUGUGGACGAGUGCUUCGCCUCUCUAGUGAUUUACGACGGACGCUCGGUUAGAGGAGGCAGGUUACUUGGAACGUUCUGUGGAUACCAGGUGCCGUCUGCUCCCAUAGUAUCCACCAGGCGGACGGUGGCAGUCCGCCUGAACGCCCAGCAUCGUCACGAGGGCUCCAAGUUCCGUUUCCGCUACGAGGCUGUCGACACCAGAGGCACCCCAGGCCAGACUCGGCUAGGAGACGAGAGCAACAACUGCAGCUUCGUGAUGACUCUGAACGAGACAUAUAACGUAUUCCAUAACCCUGGCUACCCAGGCUACACAAACAACCUCAACUGUGAGUGGAUCAUCCAGGCGCUGCCUCACAAGAGGAUCCUGAUGGACAUCUUUGUCGAGCUAGAGGAGUCUGCGUCCUGCUAUUACGAUCGACUUGAGGUCUACGACGGUUUGGAAGGGACGACCAACUGGAACCUGACCCACACCUUGUGUCGUCGUGAUCAGUCUCCUGCACAUGUCGCCUCCUCCGGGAGAUUCCUCCGGAUGCGCUUCAUUACAGACUCCAGCAUCACCCGACAAGGGUUCACGUCUUAUGUAGUUGCAGUCUGCGGCGGAUACGUUGGCGGAGCUGAAGGCGUCAUCGCAACAACCAACUACCCGGAAAAUUACCCCGCGGAUAGGAAUUGCCUCUGGAUCAUCAAAGUUGGUGUGGGGAGAACUAUCCGCUUGGAAUUUGAAGAUUUCAGGGUUGCAAACACAACUCCAACGUGUGGUGGUGCCUACCUCUCUAUCCGCAAUGGAGCACAUUCAACUUCGCCGUUCGUUGGAGCGGGAAAGUUCUGUGGUCGUAGCAUCCCUCAAGGUCUUGAGAGUUCCUCAAACGUUCUAAGACUCAACUUCGUCGUCUCGGGCAUAAUUAAUACUGACAAGGGUUUCAAGCUGCGGUACUACGAGCAGGCCAGCACGUGUGGGGGCAACCACCGCCUCGACGUCGACAUUCCCAAGCAGACCAUCCAGUCGCCCAACUUCCCCAACCCUCCGAACCACAACACAGAGUGCAGCUGGACCAUCCUGGCUCCCCCUGAGAAGGCCAUCUCCCUGCACUUUGUCGACCCCUUCGACAUCACCUCUAUUUACGAUAACUGCGACCAGGCCUUCGUUGAGGUGCGGGACGGCGGGACCCUCAUCUCCCCACUCCUGGGGAAGUUCUGUGGCUCUCACUCGCCCGAUACCCAGCACACGACCAGCAACGCCAUCUACAUCCGUUACUACAACAACGUCAGCGAGCCUCACUCUGGUUUCAAGGCCGAGGCAACGAUAGAUCGUUGCGGUGGAACGUAUAAUGCCUGGGAGGACGGAAUCAUCAGCUCGCCUGGGUUUCCUACACCCUACAGUGCUGAUCUCAACUGUACAUACAAGGUGGUGGCACCAUAUGGACAUUCUGUUAACCUACAAUUCCUCGAUGUCGACAUCUUCAGCUUGUCACAGAACUGUACCGGCCCCUGGGGACGCCUUCAGAUACGGGAGAAAAAUGCUACAGGUGAUGAGUUAGGGACGCUAUGCAGCUCUGGAGAAGAGGUUGCCCCCAUCAACACCUUCAGUAACAUCGCCUACAUCAGCUUCGUUGGGGGGCCCAAUCCCGCUAACCGCAAGGGCUUCAGGAUUAUGUAUAACAAGAGCUUAGACGAGUGUGGAGGCGAGGUGGCAGGACCUGAAGGAGAGAUCAGGUCCCCUGGCUACCCUCACGGCUACAGCAGGGGCAGGACUUGUGAAUGGGUCAUCACAGUGCCCCGAGGAAAGAGGGUACGACUGGAUUUUAUUGACCUUGAUCUCGGCAGCCUUUUAAGUCCCCCUGAAGUUCCGCACGCCAGAUUCCGAUACUGCGCAGAUUACAUUAUGAUCCAGAAUGGACCGCUGGAUACGUCUCCCCUCCUGACCAAUCCGAUCUGCACCACACCUAUUGAAAAUGGUGAGUGGGGCAUCAACUCGAGCAUGAACACCAUGCGUGUGAGGCUAAAGACCUACGGUCACAACCUUGGCAGAGGAUUCCGGGCACGCUGGUCGUCUGACGACCCACAGGAGUGUGGCGGGGAGCUGUUGUCGCCCAACGGGGAACUAACAUCGCCCGGCCACCACGUAGGCACGUACAACAACAGUCUCAACUGUGUGUGGACCGUCACGAACCCCAACCCCAGCAACGCCUCUUUCUUCGUCACCUUCACCUACAUCCACCUCGAGGGCCACUGUUUCGAUCACGUCGUGAUCGAGGGAGUGAGUGUGACGGGGGAGGCGGAGCUUGUGAAGAAUGUCUGCAAUGACUUCGAUCGUUCCGUCAUCGUUGUGCCUUACGCGACGCUCAGGAUCUCCUUCGUGACAGACAGAACGGUCAACGCCUCUGGCUGGAAUCUAACCUACGGACUUGCUGAUUGCGGGGGAGUAGUUCAUGGUCCCCAGAGUGUCCUCACCUCCCCUAACUACCCAGCCCACUACCCAAACAACGUCCACUGCGCCUGGUCGCUCAACUAUGACGAGGGAGAGCAGAUUGAGUUUGAAUUCACGAGUUUCAGACUGGAAAACUCCAUGAAUCAUGACUAUGUAGUAGUAUACAACGGCCCUCGGAUCACCUCACCCAUGUUAGGCCACUACACAGGGAGGAAGGAGCCCUUCUCUGUGGGACCCUCCAUGACCAAUAACCUCUUGGUCGCGUUCCACACAGAUGGUUCCACAACUGACGGAGGCUUCAGGGCAGUGGCUACAAGGCAUGUCACAGGUUGCGGCGGAGUGUUCCACGGACUGGCGGGUAACUUCUCCAGUCACGGCUUCCCGGGGCAGUACGAAGCGAACUUGGAGUGUGAGUGGGAGGUGGACAUCACCACCGGGUAUCACGCUAUCAUCACCUUCACCGACCGCUUCGAUAUUGAGACUAGCCCCGCCUGUCAGAACGAUUACAUUCAGAUAUUCUCCUCUAUGGAGACAAACCCCCACGCCCCCGUUCGCUGGGUAGGAGGAGAGAAGAUGUGUGGGAAACAGCUCCCUCCACCAGUUAACUCAAGCGGCAGUAGUAUAAAGCUGCUUUUCCACACCAACGAUGCAGUCCAAGGCGAUGGUUUCAAGGUGUCGUGGCAACAGGUGUGUGGCAACAUCUACACCGGCAGCGUAGGGUACAUCGUGUCUCCUCAACAUCCCAACAAUUAUCCCGACAACGCUCUGUGUGUUUAUAGGAUUGUUGCGCCUCGGGAGAAGUACAUCACUAUCAACUUCCUAAGCUUCGAUCUGGAAAGUGGACCAUCAUGUUUAUUCGACAAUCUGACAGUGAUACAGGAGAGACCUAGCUUUCUCAGGCGAUGGCAGACGACCAGAAGCUGGGGCCCUUACUGCGGGGGGAACCCACCUCCGGCCGCGAUCACGACCAGGGGUCCCACCACCUUGGUCUUUGCAUCCGACUUUACUUACACCAAGGCUGGCUUCGUGGCCAACUUUACUGUCGAAGGCUGUGGAGGCAACAUCAGUGCUCCUGGGGUGAUACAGCUUCCCACUAGACCCAUCUACGCACCACACAUGUCCUGUACUUGGUACAUCACAGCGCCGGAGGGCAAGGUGCCACACUUCAAGUUCCAAGAGCUAGAGAUAGAGGGGAGCUACCGCUGCCAGUACGACAGUCUGAGCAUCUACGACGGUCACGCGAUACGAAACGACAAGAUGGUGGUACGCUUGUGUGGAAACCAUAUGGGAGCGAUGCCUGUCGUCGUCGGACGCGAGAGGCUGGCGCGUUUGGUGUUCCGCUCGGACCGUAGUAUCUCCGGAGAGGGCUUCCGGGCCGCGCUGGAAUUUACGUACCAUUGCGGAGGAAACGUCAACAUCUCCUACAAUGGCGCCUCGGAGACGAUCAGAUCACUGGAUGCUGAUAAUGACGGAAACUAUGAACCUAUGCUGUACUGUGGUUGGUUGGUCGAGGGCUUGGCCGACCAUGUGGUGACGCUGACCUUCAGUAGACUCGACGUGGAGCCGCCCGGCGCCAACGACACCUCGCCCUGCCCUUACGACGCCGUGAAGGUGUACGACGGGCCGUCUGAGGCCUCCGCGCUCAUCACCACCCGCUGCAACUCCACGGAACUGCCCGGCCCUAUUUCGUCAUCCUCCAACGUCAUGUUUAUUCGCUUCUACUCAGACAGCACCAACCAGUACCCCGGCUUCACCGCCAUGCUCACCAACACCCCACAUCCAUGUGGAGCUUCAAGUCUUGAGGCAACAAACGAAACCCAGGUCCUCGAGUCGCCCGGGUACCCAACAGCAUACCCGAUCAGUACCCGAUGCCAGUGGGUCAUCACGGCACCCGAGGACGACAUGGAUAUCCAUCUCGAGAUCAACGACUUCAGCCUUGAGGCCUCCCCUCGCUGCUCCAAGGACCAGCUCUACAUUAGCGAAUAUGAUAGGGCUGAUCCGGGCAGGAUACCCAUCAACAACGCCAGGACGAGACCAUACGAAGUCGCCCUAAACUUUAAUGGACGGCGGGCUUACUUCAUCCUGGAUAACAGACUGUCCCAUGGUUACUGCGGCUCUACCUUCUCCCACCACCUCACCUCCACCACCAACGCCGUCAGACUCGCCUUCGUUAGUGACGAAGCCACCGUCGCUCCGGGCUUCAGAUUACACUACUCCAUCGCAGGUUGCAACCGGACCUUCAAUAGCACCUCCGGGAGAGUAACGAGCGCGGGAGGGCGAUCUAGCUGCUUCUCUACCUUCCUGGCACCACCGGGCUCUUUCAUCAACCUCUACUUCAACAACUUCUACACCGUGAGCCCAAACUGCUCUAAUGAUGACUCCUUGAAGGUUUACGACGGCGCAGACGCCACGGCCCCACUUCUGCUGUCUGCUUGUGAGUUCGCGCUCCCGGGUCCUGUCUACUCCACAGGGAACGCGCUCAGACUAGAAUUCAAGCGUGCUCACUCUGGGUAUUUCGACCUCGCUUACUCCACGUCAACCCAAGGAGGAGGAUGUGGUGGUUCCAUGUACGCCUAUCGUUGGACUACAAUGACCAGCCCAUCGUAUCCUGGACCUGCCCCUGGGGGGCUGGACUGUGUCUACGCCCUGUCCGUCAACCCAUCACACAACCUGGUCUUCAGGAUCAUGUAUUUGGACUUCGGGAGUUCUGAAGGCUGCAACAGCACCUUCCUUGAGCUGUAUGACGUCUCCUUGUCAGGAGAACCUUCCCUCUUCAACACCCUCUGUGGCCAUGAGGACACCUCGAGGCACCUGGCACAGAGCAACAAGAUGAUCCUCCGUUACGUGACUGGUUCUGGUAACGUCACAGGACAAGGAUGGUCUGUUAACUUCUUCCCUGCCCAUCACGUAGUAAAUGAUGAGUCUUCCGCUGAAGCCUCGCCAUGAGUCCAGGAAGAGGCAGUAAUGGACUCGCCUCAUACUCACCUGUUAUUGAUUUACUCAUCUGUUACCGACUCGGCUCUUAUUGAUCUGUUAGUGACUCAUCUCUUGUUGAUCUGUUACUCAUCUUUCACUCAACUGUUAGUCACCUCUUAAUAGUUACAACCAUCCACAUGACUGACUCACCUGGCCUCCCAGCGACUCACCAUAUGAGUCGACGAAUUACUUUAGUCUCACCAUAUUAGUGGCUCAUCGUCCAAACCAGUUGAUAACGCAUCGCAUCGUGGCCUAAUUGGAACUCGCCAAGUUAAAGUAUGCUUAUUGAGUCAAGAAAGAAGUACAUCUUAAAGGGAUAGAGUAGCUUAGGUUAUUUCUACCCCCCCCCCCCAACUAGGGACUCAUCGCCACCUGUGUAUGUGAGUGACUCACCCCCUAAACAGAGCUGCUCUGUGGGUAUUCAUGUGUUACGUUAUUAGAAAUUUUCCUUUAAUUACUUUUAAUUAAAUAUAUUGGUCAUUGAGUCUGUUAAGAUUUUAUUCAUGUAGACUCUCAAUAACAUAUUUAAUAGCAUAAAUAAUUACAUCAACAUGCUAAGUGCUCAGUUGUGUGUUGUAUAUACUAACUGUUUAUUUACUGAAAGGCUACCGAAUAAAAUAAAAAAAAAAAUUAA